AUUGUACCAGAGUGAGUGCAUUUAGCAAAAUUGUACAAUGGAGCUGGGUCAUCGGGAGAAAAUCACCGCAAAUCUCGAUCAAUUGAUACGAGCCACGGACUACGACAACCUGAUGAAUUUGUGUCUUGAAAAGAAAAUUCUUUCACAGACAAUGCGUGAGAAUCUCGAGGAAGAGUACGGGAAUGAGAUGGAUAGGAAGAUGGCUCUGUGGAGAAAAAUCCCCAAAAGAGGCCCCAAAGCCUAUGGGAAGAUACUGGAGAUUUGCUCAAUGCACUACCCAGGAGCCUAUAGGAUCCUCUGCAAUGCAACAGGGAAGAAUUACGGGCAAGUGGCGAGUGUGAGUCAAAAUCUCUCAGUGUUGGAUGAACCAGAUUUGAAUGUGGUGCACGACGGGCCAUGUCUGUCCACUGUGGCCAAGCCACCCCGUCCAAUGCCGGAGCUAACCCCCUACUCUGGCCCCCUGGUGAAUCAUUUGAAUCUCACCGUUAAGAAAUCCACAAAAAUUCACACAAAUCCCAAAAUAAAGAGCUACAAGAUGUGCUCGAGGGAUCGCGGGAUACUCUUCCUCAUCAACAUCAUCAACUUCAAGAGGCCCAAUCUCAAUCGCUUAGGGGCCAAUUUUGAUCGGGACAAUCUCAUCUACUUAUUCAACGAGCUCGGCUUCACCAUCUACUACUACGAGGACAUCAAUCCCGAGGAGAUGUUCCACUUAAUUGAGAGCGUCAUCACGACGUGCGACAACACCGAAUGCUUCGUCUUUGGCAUCAUGACACACGGAAAUAUCCGGAAUCACAGCCCAUACGUGGAGUUUGGCAAUGGGGCCAUCAUUCCCCUUGAUUCGAUCCUUGAGAAGUUCUACAAUCAAACCUGCUACACACUGGCCAUGAAGCCAAAGAUCUUCCUCCUCCCUUUCUGCAGGGGAAGUCACCCAGAUCAGGGAGUUUUCGUGCCAAACAUCCAAACGGAUACUUCUCUCUACGUUCACGACGAGGUGGGUCAACCGUCGCCAAUGAUGAAGAUUUCCUCAAAGAGUGACAUCCUCAUUUGCUACGCCACAGUUAAAGGAUUUGAGAGUCAUCGCAACUUGGAUCGUGGUUCGUGGUACAUUCAGGCUCUCUGUGUGGUGUGGUCUGAAAAUGCUCACGACACGGAUGUGGAGACAAUGAUGAAGAUGGUGGACACGAAGAUGCGUGAGCAAUGGGCGCACGGAGACACCACGCACACAGUUCAAACGGCCGGUAUGGAGAACUUGGGCUUCAACAGAGCUCUCUACCUCAAUCCUGGCUUCUUCUUGGGCUAGAAUCAACCCUCUUCGUGGCCCAAAUUUAAUUUUUUUCUAAUCAAACUUCUCAAUUGUAGUACUUUCCAUUGAUUUUGGAAUUUUUUUAGCAAUAAUUUUAAUGAUUUUUAAAUCAAUUUUUUCGUAUCAACGAAUAUUUUUUUAUUCUAUAAUUUUAAUUUUUUGCAAUACAUUUUAUGUUUUGUAUUCAAUGAAUGAAUAAAUAAAUUUAUAAAAUAAA